AGCAACUCAUGCAUUCCCUGCCUAUCAAAUGGCUCAAGUUACACAAGCUGGUCCAGGUGGACAAACUCAGAUUGUUUAUCAACAAGUGCCUAUGCAGAAUAUAGCGGCAAUUCAAGCACAGCAUGCAACAAGACCCACAUUAAUACAUCAACAACCUCAAUUACAACAACAAAUAACACGACCUGGUCAACAACAACAACAGCCACUUCAACAACAACAACAGCCACUUCAACAACAACAACAGCCACUUCAACAACAACAACAACAACAACAACAACAACAGCAGCAGCAACAACAACAACAGCGACAACAAAUGGUUGGGCAAGUACAAUCUGCGGUACCAAAUCAACAAACUAUUAUACAAGUUGAUGGUGGUAACGAUACAUCAAGUGAUGAUGAUGAUGAGGAUGAUGAAGAGGAUGAUUACCAAGGUUACGAGAAGGAUGAGGAUGAUGAUGAUGAUAAUGAAGAGAAUGAAGAAGGAGUAGCCGAUGAGGAACCUCUAAAUUCCGCUGACGAUGUUAGCGACGGAGAUCCCAACGAACUCUUUGAUACAGACAAUGUUGUUGUUUGUCAGUAUGAUAAAAUUAGCCGAAACAGAAAUAGAUGGAAAUUUCAUUUAAAGGAUGGUAUUAUGAAUUUAAAAACCAAAGACUACGUGUUUCAGAAAGCCACUGGAGAUUCUGAAUGGUAAAAUAUGUAUGUAUAUAUCAGUGAGUCUGCCAUAAUUUAUUCAGUGAACAACUGGUGCUGCUAUAUAAUCAUCUGUUUAUUCCAUUGUGGUACGCCUUUCACAUUUAUAGAUUAUCUUCCAAAUAUGACACCGUUCCUUUAGGUUCAAGGAUAACUCCAGUUUUUAAUCAGUUAUAUCUGGCUGCAUAAAUUGUAAUGUAACACUUUUCUAUCAACAUCAUCACCAUAGCUAUGCUACAACAUGCGAAUAACUGAUGAACAAUUACAAAUGCUGAAAUGUAUUUAGUGGUUCAUAAUUGUAUAUUACAGUCUCACUCUGUGAUGUGUUCGCAAGCCUGUUCUUUGUUUUAUCAAGUAAUUACACUAAACGUUCUAUACAUUUAAAGUAUUACAAUUUGUCUACACCCUGAAACAUGAUUAUUAUAGCUGGUAGUGGAGACUUUAAUUUUCAACACUUCAUCUGAUCUUGAGGUAAAGAAGAGUUUAGCUGUAUUCUUUUCAUUACUUGAAAAGGAAAUGAUAUAUCUACGCUUGAUUAUAUAUUUUUGAAAUCUUACAUGUUGCAGGGUAUAUUUACACACUUGUCUUAAUUUUUACUUCCAAGUUGAUUGUGUUUCUACCAUUUUUCCCCCCAAAAACUGGUUCCUACUGCUUUACAGGGUUGUAUUUCUUUAGUCUCGUGAUGUGAAUUAGGUUUAACACAAACAAAUCAUACAAUGAUUGAGAACAAUGUGACAAAUUACAUUUCUACAAGUUAGAUCUCAAAACUAUUUAUUUGUA